AUGAUGGAUCCGAACAAUAUAUAUCUGUCAAGAAAAGAAAAAAAUGGCGUUGAACUUUGCGUUGCAGAAAAGAAUGAUCCAGAAAGUGACUCAUUCUCCGAGAGCUUCAUUGGUUUUAAGAUUGAAGAAAGUGAACUCAUAUCUUCACAAUUUAAUAGCCUUACGUACAGAAUACUAAUAUUAAGUACGGCUUUCUUAUGUGGGUUUGGUUUUAGUUUAGAUGCAACACUUCGGUCUACAUACACUGGAUAUGCGACUAACUCUUAUGCAGAACACUCUCUGCUAUCGACAAUUCAAGUCAUAAAUGCAGUUGUCAGUGUGGGGUCUCAAGUUGUAUUUUCUAGAUUAUCGGAUUACUUUGGAAGAUUAGAGUUAUUUACGGUGGCAAGCAUUCUUUACAUAAUAGGAACUAUUGUUCAAUCACAGGCCUACUCCGUGAGCAUUUAUGCAGCAGGGGCAGUAUUCUACAAUUGCGGCUACGUGGGUGUCAGUUUGAUUCUUACCCUAAUACUGUCUGAUUUCUCCACUUUGAAAUGGAGGAUUUUCUAUCAGUAUUCAUCAUACUGGCCCUAUAUUAUAAUACCAUGGGUUUCAGGUAAUAUCAUUACAGCAGCAAAACCUGAAAAAAACUGGACAUGGGAUAUUGCUAUGUGGGCUUUUAUUUUUCCAUUAUCGUCCCUUCCACUUUAUUGUCUCAUUAUCUACCUGAAAAUGAAGUCAGUGAAAACACCUGAAUGGAAAGCUCUCAAAGAACGGGCACACUCAGUCAAAAGAGGAUUUUUUAAGAAUAUCAUCUUUUUGUUCUGGGAACUUGAUGUUAUUGGUAUAGUACUGAUAACAGUGUCUACCGGAUGCAUACUGGUCCCAUUAACACUUGCUGCUGGAGCAUCUGAAAAGUGGCGUAGUUCAAAAAUCAUUGGUACUUUGGUAUCUGGGGGGGUUUUGUUUCUUAUCUUCAUGUUUUGGGAGGCUUCAUAUGCUCACAACCCUCUUCUACCUUUUAAAUUACUAAAAGAUCGUGGGAUAUGGGCACCUCUGGGUGUUGCCUUCUUCAACUACUUCACUUUUUAUAUUGCAUGCGAUUUUUUAUAUCCAGUUUUGCUUGUCUCUAUGAAUGAAUCUUCAACAUCAGCUGCUAGAAUACUUAACUUACCAGACUUCGUUGCAUCGACUGCAUCUCCCUUCUAUAGUUUACUGAUUGCAAAAUCAAAAAGGUUGAAGAUUUCUGUCAUUGUAGGUUGUGCUACAUGGAUGUUAUCUAUGGGGCUUUUCUACCGGUUUAGAGGGGGAUAUGGAUCUCACGGAGGUGUUAUUUCUGCAUCUGUUAUCAUGGGAUUUAGUGGUCUUCUAUGUAGCAAUUCAGUUAUUGUAUUACUGCAAGCUAUGACUACCCAUAGCAGGAUGGCUGUAAUGACUGGAAUUCACUAUACAUUUUCGCGAAUCGGUGCAGCCGUGGGUGCUUCCGUGUCAGGAGGGGUAUGGACUCAAACCAUGCCUAGUCGACUUUAUAAGCUUCUUGGAAACGAUACGUUGGCAGCUGAAGCGUAUGAAUCGCCAUAUUCAUUCAUUGACUCCUAUCCAUGGGGAACAGUCGAGCGGUACGCUGUUGUUGAAGCAUACAAAUAUGUACAAAGGAUAAUGAUGAUAGUCGGUUUGAUAUGUACAAUACCGUUGUUUGCAUUUUCACUAUUCAUGAGAGAUCCUGAAUUAAUAGACAAGGUUACACACGAAGAUUUUACCGAAGACGGGUUGGCUGUCCCAACGGAUGAUGUUGGCAUUAUUUCUCGACUUCAAGCAUUCUUUAAGAAUAGUCGGCAUGAUAAGAAAGCAGCUCUAUAA